GUCCUCCACGCGACUUUCAACGUGUGCAUCAUGCAAACUUCAUCACCCAGAGCGUUCAAUUUACCGUUCGUUGUCAUUUCUUUCCUACACGAAUACACACACACACCCGCACGCAACAACGAAGGGAAUAAAGGACCCACAAAAGUAACCUGCCUGCCUUCCGGAUGAUAGUAAUGUUGUUGGAUCAAUUUCACAUCAUCCUUCGUUGCUAAUUAUUUGCGACGAAAGUAGGCUUUCUUAUCGCGAACAGCUGUACAUCCACGGACUGUCCUGGAUCAUAGCAACCGCCAGCAAGACCUUCAUCAACAACAUCUUAUCGUCCCUACCCGGUACUGUAGCGAAGUUGCAACGUUAAAUACCGUACCUGAUUGCACUGACGUACCCAUCUUCACGCCCUAGGAUAGUAAAACAUUCUUAAAAAUCAUGGCGAACAUGGCUGUGUCCCGCAUCAAACGAGAAUUCAAAGAAGUUCUUAAAAGUGAAGAGAUUACACAAUGCUCGAUAAAGUUAGAAAUGGUAAACGACAAUUUUACGGAGCUACGAGGAGAAAUUGCUGGACCACCGGACACACCGUACGAAGGAGGCAAAUUUAUGCUAGAAAUAACGGUUCCCGAAACAUACCCGUUCAAUCCACCCAAGGUGAAAUUUAUGACUAAAAUAUGGCACCCGAACAUAUCCUCCGUCACUGGUGCAAUCUGUCUCGAUAUAUUGAAAGACAACUGGGCAGCAGCGAUGACGUUGCGGACGGUGCUAUUAUCGCUACAGGCACUACUAGCCGCUGCCGAGCCAGACGAUCCACAGGAUGCGGUCGUUGCAACGCAAUACAAAGACAACCACGAAAUGUUCAUCCUAACGGCGAAGCACUGGACCAACGUGUACGCCGGUGGUCCGUUUGCGAACAUGGAUUUUGAUCAAAAGGUGCAACGAUUGCGUGAUAUGGGCAUACCGGAGUACGAUGCGAGAGCCGCCCUUUCACGUCACAACUGGCAUCUGGAGCGUGCCUCUGAGCAGCUAUUCAGUUAGUCCCUUGGUUAGGCCCUAGUUCUUGUGGGCUCUCGCACAGCCUUUUGUAUGUUUUGCGCGCGCCCGUGUGUGUGUGUGUGUGUUUUUGUGUUGAAUCUUAAAGGCUCUAAUUUCCCGAUAGUCAGGGCAUCAUUUUUAAAUUCAUUGGGUUUUUAAGGGUAUCCUUCUCGAUUGGAAUGAAAUAUGUGUAAAGUCAAGAGAAUGAAAAGUUUUAAAAUUAUCUUUGCAAACAAAACAGAAACUUCAGUAACUUUCAACAGUGAUAUAUACCCGGAAAUCGUCUUAUACUAUUAGCAUUCAUUUGUUAAAAAGCAACAUACUUUCACAAUCUGCCGUAGGCUUUGCCAAGCUAAAGGAAACAUUAAGAACUAAACAUACAUUAAAGCGACACAAUCACACCGUGUGGUGAGGGUAAAAUGGCACUUGUUCCAGUUGUGGGCGACAUACUACCAUACUGUCAUCAUGUACCAAUGCAUCGAAGGAAAGCAAAUGAGCAAUACAUGGCUUCAAACGCGCAAAAGACACAGCAAAACAAAAAGGAAAACAAUAUAUUCCGUGGAUGAAAGCGAGAACAAGACGUUGAACGAUAAGGUUCGUAACAACAUAUAUAAGCAUGGAGCAGAAAGUGAAAGAUAUUAACGUUUAGUAGAUGAACAAGGCGGAAAAGGAAAGAUUUGAAUGCCGGCAGCAAGACAAGAGCGCAACCAUCAUUCUUUAGCCCGUAAUCCAUUGAUGGACUGUACAGUGAAACCUAGUGCACAUGUUUGGCAAAACAGAAAGGAAAUAUAAUUAACUGAACAAAUUCACAGUAAA